AUGUCGAACACGUGGUGGGCGAAGGGGGAAGAGGAGGACCUCCUUCCCUGUGUCACCGCCUCCGUCUGCGACGUCUCUUCGCAGCGCGAUAAGGACAGCCUCAUCGUCGCCGUGCGCGACCUCUUCCAUGACCAGCUCCACAUCCUCAUCAACAACGCCGACCAGUCCCUCUACAAGCCCGCCGUGGACACCACGUCCGAUGACUACUCCCGCCUCAUGGCCACCAGUCUACUCGCUCACCUCGUGCACAUGUCCUCUGUCGCCUCCUUCAUCACGUACCCAGCACUGUCCCUGUACUUGCUCACCAAGGGCGCCCUGGUCCUGCUCACCAGGAGCCUCACCGCCGAGUGGGCACUGCACCUCGCCCCCACCUCCAUCACCCAGCCCUGGAGUGGACGACAGUGA